AUGGCGUCCCACCGUGUACCCCUGCGUCCCACUGCGUCCUACCGUGUAUCCCUGCGUCCCACUGCGUCCUACCGUGUACCCCAGCGUCCCACUGCGUCCUACCGUGUACCCCUGCGUCCCACUGCGUCCUACCGUGUACCCCUGCGUCCCACUGCGUCCUACCGUGUACCCCUGCGUCCCACUGCGUCCUACCGUGUACCCCUGCGUCCCACUGCGUCCUACCGUGUACCCCUGCGUCCUACCGUGUACCCCUGCGUCCCACCGUGUACCCCUGCGUCCUAUCGUGUACCCCUGCGUCCCACCGUGUACCCCUGCGUCCUAUCGUGUACCCCUGCGUCCCACCGUGUAUCCCUGCGUCCUACCGUGUACCCCUGCGUCCCACUGCAUCCUACCGUGUACCCCUGCGUCCCACCGUGUACCCCUGCGUCCUACCGUGUACCCCUGCGUCCCACUGCGUCCCACCGUGUAUCCCUGCGUCCUACCGUGUACCCCUGCGUCCCACUGCGUCCUACCGUGUACCCCUGCGUCCCACCGUGUACCCCUGCGUCCCACUGCGUCCUACCGUGUACCCCUGCGUCCCACCGUGUACCCCUGCGUCCCACCGUGUACCCCUGCGUCCUACCGUGUACCCCUGCGUCCUACCGUGUACCCCUGCGUCCUACCGUGUACCCUUAUAUACUGUACGGGUUGUUUGGUGUUGUAUCUUUCAACGGUGUAAACCAAUUCCUUUCAUGCAAAAGGAUUACUUGA